GUCUGUUGUUGCUUAACACACUUAUACGGUGGAACCUGUGCCCUCUGCUCUCUCCCAACAGUUGCCUCAGCUGUUAUACCUGUCUUGAGGAAAGCUCUGUGGAAGGAGCUCUGCAGUGCACUUCAAGACACAGAAGCAUCGCCUGAGACCAGUGUGAAACUUCAAGUUCUUUCAAAGUUGUUGCCAUCUUCAAAAAGCAAAGGGCUGCGAAAGCUUAUUGACCAGCUUCCAGCAGCUCUUGAGAAAACAGAAAAUGGGGAGAGUUGGACAGUGGCAGAUGCCAUAUCUAGAGUGCUUGAAAACUCUGAAGAGCUGCAUUCCUGGAGGAGAUGCCUGUUAUCAGCCUGCAUGAAAGGGUUAAUUUUCAUGUACAACAGCAGUAAAGAUGAAAGCAAGGAAAGCAAUCAAGAAUUGGAGAGAUCCAUGCUGCUGAGGCUAGAAGAAUUAUUGCACUUUGUUGAAGAAGUGGACCCAGAUGACUGGUACAGCCUUGUGAAGACGGGACUCAAGUACCGCUACAGAAAUGAAGCAUUUUUGAAAGUCCUGAACAUUGCUAUUCAAUUGUUAUACAAAAAAGAAUCCUCCCUGAGUCAGAGAUUAGUCAAGCUCUCCAAACUUCACAUGAUGGUCAUGCAGCACUCUCUAUUUUUGUCAGCCAUUCUGAGGUCGAGAGAAGAAGAUGGCACGAACAUCCAGACAAGAGAGGCCUUGGUCGAUAUACUGCUGACAAUUGUGAAACUCAGUCCUUCUCUGUGUGAGAGCAGUCACCUUGCUGUGUUGCUGGGUGCCUAUGGGGCUACACUGAGUGCUGUAGAUCAGAAGAUACUGAUACUGCUUCAGUUAUAUGAGAAGAAUAAUCAAAGUCUUAUAAAUUCCAGAAUCCUACUAUGGGGUCCAGCCGCUGUGGAGCAUCACAAGACUUGCAAGAGUCUAGGGAAGUCACUGUGGCAGCAGCCAAGCAUGGAGGAGAUUCUGUGUCUGCUAGAUCGAGAGAAGAUGAUGAAGACAAUUCUGUCUUUCCCUCAGCAUCGCCGUCUUCUGUCAUCACAGGAGUCACUACAUAGAGAUGAAAGUGUCAAGAGUCUUGAUGACUUCUACGAUCCUUGUUUUCUACUUCAACUCUUUAGUGAACUGACCAGACCAGAGUGUGUAGUGGCAUGUCACAAGUUUGUCGAAGUCAACGCCCUGGGUCUAACAGUAGCUGCCCUUAGCAGCUAUGAUUCCAACAUGAGAGCAGCCGCAUAUUUUGUCCUGGCUUCAUUUCGUUCUCAUUUGGAAGGAGCUCGCUUUCGAGAGAAGAGUCAGUUGCUGUAUCUCUUGGAUGCUGUGCAAAAUGGAAUCCGUCAGCCGAACCUCAGAUUUACCUUCUCUUUGACCCUCUACAUUGCUCGUGUGGCACAGCAGAUUCUGAAGCCAGAGGAGCACAUGUAUGUAAAGGUAAACAGAUUCCUUCUGUCACACCAGUAUUUGGACCUGAGAAAAGUACCGGGGUUUUUCCAGCUUUUCUACAGUUUUGAUUUUGAGUACAAAACGGAACGUGAAUGGAUUCUCAGAUUUCUUGGAGAAGGGCUGCGUGAUAAACAUUGCUACGAGCUUUAUGACUACCAGAGGAUUUUCCAGGUCAUUCUUUCCUUUUUCAACAGUCCUUUGUGUGAUGAGGGCUCCCAGAGUCAUAUUCUGGAGAUAUUACAAAAUGCUGCCCAUGUCACCAGAGCUGCCUAUGAGCUGAUACAAGAUCACAGCCUCCUAACCUGGAUACUGCACAUCUUGGAGAAAAGGUUUCUAGAAAACAAGCUGUUAAAUAAAAUUAUUUCCUUACUCCAUACUCUGUGGCUAACAAAUUUAGGAGGCAAGAGAGAAAGCAAGAAUCAGUCCCAGGAGAACAGGAAGUUUCUUCCGAUUCAGCUUGUAAAUGAAUUUCUGUAUGUUUUGAUCACAUUAAUCAAACACAUUCGGACUAAUUUAGAUCUAUCCAAACUGACUCAGUUUUUCAGCACACUCAAUUCUGUGCUGGAAUAUCGUGCGGUAGUUGUGGAGGCCUUCAAAGAAAUGAGCCGGUUCACUGUGAAUGACAGCGUUCUCUCAAACAAAGAGAUCCUCCUGCUGCUGCAUAAGUGGAGCGUCGUUGAAAAAGACCUGGAACUGCAAGAGGAUGUGCAGACUCUUGCUCAAAAAUACCAAAUCAAAGAAUUGCUUAGAAAUAUUAAAGAAAAGUACAAAUCUCAAGCCUCAUCUCAUGCCUAUCAUCACAUUCGGAAGAAGAAGGAGAUAGAAAGAGAAGACAUCACUGCUGCAGACCUGAAUGUCUCUGAGCUGGAGAAGUGCAGAGGUCAUCUGAAUUCCAUAUUUGCCCACUGGGAGCCUGUUCUCCCAGCACCGCCUCCCAAACAUGGAGGGGAGCCCCUCAGAUGUGCUGACCUUGCAGAUGAAACACUCAGUCUUACCUGUGCAUCCACUUAUGUAGUGACUAAAUGGCUUGUAAGGUCCAUGGUUGUGCACAGCCUCAAUGUGCAAAAUGCGUCAUUAACUCUGCGGUGGCUGCAGAAUUGCAUCUUGCCACACCCAGUGGCAGUGCAGGAGAUACUCAGGGAUAAGACAUUGAGAACCAACAUCUUCAAGUUUUACACCCAGAUCUGCGAGGCCAGCAGUGGGACAGCCGGACUCUUUAAAGAGCUCUGUUUGUUCAGUUCAAUCAUGCUUCACCUAAUGGAUGCUCAGGGCCUGACCAACAACAGCUUUCAUGAACUUGUGAAAACGUUGUGCCUGUCAGCAAUGGCAGAAGAGAACACAAACAAGAAAGCUGUUUGUGUAUUCCUGACUUCUGUUUACAUUGGGGACAUAUGGCUUGGAGCACAGGAGCCAGAUAUGUUAAUAACCCAUCUCAAACUGAUCUGCAGUAGUACAGAUGACAAAUUAAACGAUGAUGACUCGGAAACUCAUAAACAAGGAAAAGAAACUAUUAUGUCUCUUUGCAGAACCCUUUACUUGGCUACACUGGGGCAUUAA